GAAUGCCAGUCAUGUGAAUCAAGGUUGUAAUAGCCAAAUAAGAUCUAUUCCGAACAUCCAUGAUCAAGAGACGCAACAGACCACAGCCCCGGGUACGAGAAUUGUCGCCAGACACAGAGCAAUCUUCAGAGCUAGAGGAAGACGAGGACGAAGACAAAUCACUCCCCAUCUCGGAUCUCAUUGAGCUCAGGAAGCUCAGGAAGUCCAGACAAGGAAUUGAUGUUUCAAAACUAUCGAAAGGCGAUGCCAAGAAGAGGAAGCGCAAAACUGCAGAGGAUGGACAAGAGGCCGAGGGCGGUCUGAGGCCUGGUGCGAGGGUGGAUGACGAAGAAACCAGUACGGAUGCGAAAGCAAGGCGAGCCGUUCGAACGAGCAACUUUACGCAGCAGACGAAUGUUUUGGAUGUCGACAAACACAUGAUGGCAUAUAUUGAAGAGAAUCUCAAGAUUCGCAGCCGCCCCUCAGACCCAUCCGAGUCCAAGCCUGGGGCAAAUGCUCAGGACGAAUUUUCUCUUUCCGAGCGGUGGAAAGGAGAAAAGAAAACUGCUGAUGAGGGCAAUGUCACUAACAGCAUGGCUAUGCUAACCGCCAUUCCCGAAGUUGAUCUCGGCAUGGACACACGAUUGAAGAAUAUUGAAGAAACCGAGAAAGCGAAACGGCAAGUUGCUGAAGUCCGCAAAGAACGCAAACGACCUAAUGAUGAGGAGCAUCUCGUCGCAACUCGAUUCUAUCGGCCGCAUCUCAAGCAGAAGUCUGACGCAGAAAUUAUGCGAGAUGCCAAACUCGAAGCAAUGGGUUUACCACCUCAAGAAGACAGAAGACCUCGCGGUGAACGUCCACAAAUGGCGACCGAUGAAGUGGUCAUGGAGCGCUUCAAGAAAAGAAUGCGCAGGUGAACUACUAUCUCUUUCCUGCGAAUGAUCUCCUGCUUUGUUUCCAGCGCCACCUGGUUGCCUCGAAUUGCUCAGUACCUCUUGCUCGUUAGGAAUCGCGGAAAGAUAUACACCUUAAAUCCCGUCUAUUCCUCUACAUGGCCAAGACCAAAUCCUUCAACUUUUCAAAGUUGGGUGUACCGUAUCCAGUGACUGCAAUGAUUAUCAGCAUACAAUGUAACCUUGUGCGGCGUAUUCAUGAA